AUGGUGCUCACUGACUUCCUUACGGAGACCAGAAGGAAAUGGCUACAGGCCUUCAAAUUAUUCAAGAGAAGUAAGAACAGAAGCAGCACUCGUAACCGCGUCUCUCCCCUGGUACGAUCACCGUCUUACAACGGCACCGUGGACGCCAGGCCAGAGAUAGACAUACAGAGGUUCUGCCCCUGCCGGACCUCCCUGCCGCCGCUACACCUGCACCAGGCCUACGAGAACACGUACAGCAGUUACAACAGCUACGGAUCGGGGCACGACAGCCUUCAGAGUUACGGAAACGAAUCAAUGAACGACUCCGCGUAUGAUUCCACGAGAAGCAGCCCCGCGCACCCGCCCGUGUGUUACGCCACGGUCACAUACUUCAACGUGAACGAUAGCGAGGACAGCAGCAGCAUACACACGGAGUACACGCUGCUGGACCUGGAACAAGACCUGGACCACGACCUGGAGCAACACCUGGAGCUGGGCGGCAACGAGCAGAGGCAGAACAUCAUCAACGAGAGCAUAGAACUAGUUAGCACUAUGUACAUAUAUUAUAUCGUGGAGACCGCGACCCCAGCGUUAUCAUCAGUCAAGGAGUCUCUUGAAGGAUCCUUCGUUUGUUCUCAUCGUGUGAUUCUUUUAUUCGAGCUCGGACCGACACACGGCGCACACACGAGUGGAAAAAAAAUACGAUGUUUUGCACCCCGCGGGCAACGGAAGGAAGUGGAGAGGGAGACGGAGAUAGUGGAACCAGGCGAGGGGGAGAGAGACGGAGGCCGUGGGAAACACUGGGGUGGACUCGUCCCAUGUACCAGGGAACAGCUCCAGAGGGACCCGCUGAAUGAGAGGUCAUUAUAUAGAUGA